AUGUCCCCGUUAGUGCAGCGAAAAUUAAUACAAAUUUUGGUAUUGUCGAUACCCUUUUGUCUGGCCGUCCAAUACGAGGAUGAAGAAUUUGAGUUCGAUUUGUCAAUGCUUGGCGAAGGAUUGUACGAACCAAGAAAUGGAAACCACACUCAGAAACGACUGGACCAGUCAGUUGAUUCGGAGGCUGAAGAUUCUAAUCCAGAGGAAGCUGGAAACUACGUAGAAGGUGAUAUAUACCAGCCAUUGGUGGCGAAAAAUGCCAUUAAAUUCAAAAGUAAAAAAUGGAAGAAAGGCAUUGUUCCUUAUGAAAUAAGUGAUGAGUUCAGUUCGAGCGAAGCGCAAAAAAUCCGAAGCGCCUUUCAAAUCUUUCGUCAGAGAACUUGCGUUCGAUUUGUUCCCCGGGAAAAUCAACCGGAUUACAUAUCCAUCGAGAGUUCCGUUGAUGGAUGCUGGUCAACGGUGGGCCGUGCGGGUGGAAAGCAAGUUCUCAACUUACAGCGAAAUGUCUGCAUUCGUCGAACGGGAACCAUUAUGCAUGAACUGAUGCAUGUUUUAGGGUUCUUUCAUGAACAUACCCGCCACGAUAGGGACCAAUACGUGAAAGUAAAAGUACAAAAUAUAAAACCUGAUUCGUUGGGGAACUUCAGAAAGGAUAGACAAGAGCGCACUACAACGCAUGGAAUAUCGUACGAUUUGGGCAGUGUGAUGCAUUAUUCUCCGACGGCGUUCAGCUGGAAUGGUGCCCCAACUAUCGAACCGAAGUUUGCCGGUUUGUCUGGUUUCAUACCGGUGCACAUCUCUUCCGUACACAACAGUGCUACACAGGUACUGCGGCGUCAUUCCAUAUAUUACUCUGAAGAUGAAAGCAAGUGUAUUAUAUUCAAUACGUUGCUGAACUGA